AUGGGUAAAGUCAAAGGAAGAGGAGUGGCGCUAAAUGUUUUAAACGUUUACGCUCCUCAAGGUGUUGUCGUGAAACAAAAUUUGUGGAGGGAAAUUUCGAGUGAAGUUGCGAGUGCUUCCGGUUUGUGGAUUAUCAUGGGAGACUUUAACGCAAUGCAGUUUCCUGAAGAAUGGAAAAGCUCCACGUUCAAGUCUUCAUGUGCUCGCAACUUUAAUGCUUUUAUACAUGAUCUGGGUUUGUUGGAGCCUAGAACGUUUAGAGUUUACAAUUUCUGGUUAGGAAAACAAGGUUAUGAAGAGGCAGUUAAAGCAGCAGUGGAGAGCUUUAAUGACACCAGGAAGUGUCUCAAGAAUUGGAAGGACGAGAUGUUAGAGAAAGAGGGUGAAAGUACAAACAUGGCUAGAAAAGAAGUUGAACAGUUGGAAGAAGAUAUGGAGACCCGAGAUCUUCUAGAAGAAGAAGAAGAGUGGGUUCUUAUGGAGAGUAAAAUAGUGAUCAAGGAAGUGGAAUUAAAAAACAAUGCAGACCUUAAACAAAGGAAGAGGAUUAAGUGGGCCUUGGACGGUGAUGAGAAUUCUAAGUUUUUUCGUGGGGUUACUAACUCGAGAAAAACGAAGAAUUCAAUUCACGGUCUAUGUAUAGGAGGGGAAUGGGUGACGAUACCGAAAAAGAUAAAAAAAGAAAUCCUUGGCUAUUUUAGGAAUCGAUUUAUUGAAAGUAUCCCAGAGCGGCCGGAGUUAGAGUGCCCGAACAUAAAGAAAAUCUCGAAAGAUCACAAGGUGAUGCUCAUUGAAAGUUUCUCCAAAAAUGAAAUUAAAGAUGCGGUUUGUGAGUAUGAUGGGGACAAGGCCCCGGAUUUGGAUGGACUAAAUAUGAAAAUUUUAAAGCAUUUUUGGCACCUCUUUGAGACCGACUUAUAUGAGGUCUUGACUAAUUUUUAUAACGAAGGGAAUAUCAGUUGCGGAAGUGGAUCGUCUUUCAUUACGUUGAUCCUGAAAAUUAACAGUCGAUCUCAAAAAUUAUCGCCCUAUAAAUCUUGUGGGGACUAUUAG